AUGGCCUCGGCCGCGGAGCCCAAGUAUGACAUUGCUGUGAAGGCUGUGGGCGGCAAGCUGGCCGACUGCCCGUUCUGCCACCGCUCGCUGCUGACGCUCGAAGAGAAACACGUACCGUACACCAAGACCUUCAUUGACUUUGCCAACAAGCCGCAGUGGCUGCUGGAUGUCAACCCUGCCGGCAGCGUGCCCGUCAUGAAGGAGCUGGCCACCGGGGAGUGGAUUGUGGACAGCGGCACAAUUCAGGACUACCUUGAAGAGAAGUUCCCAGAUCCACCGUUGGGCACGGCAGAGGACUCGCCGCAGAUCGGGCUGGAUGUGCUGGGCAAGUUUGGGGCCUUCAUCAAGUCGAGCCCCGAGGAGGCGGCGGAGAAGGAGGCGGACCUGGUGGAGUGCCUGCGCGGGCUGGACGCGCACCUGACGGCGCACGGACCCUUCAUCGGCGGCGCUGCGCCCUGUGCCACCGACUGCGCAGUCAUGCCGCGCCUGUACCACAUGCAAGUGGGGACCAAGUACUUCAGGGACUGGGAGAUGCCUGCUGAGCUGGCGGCGCUGAGGCAGUACAUGGACACCUUCAUGUCGCGGGACAGCUGGAAGAACACCUACUACAGCCCGGAGAUGGUCAUUGCAGGGUGGGAGGCCCACGGCAUCAAGAAGCUCGUGCCCGCGCAGUGA